UAUCCACCAGAGCAGGGUUAUAUAGGUGUAUUUAAACUACAAAGUGAGAUAUACCCGCAGUUUCUAUGAAGGCUGAUUUGUACUAACGGAUCUCUUAAAGGAAGAGGAAUUGGGUGUUUUAAUCAUACAGCUAGCCUCUGUAAUAAACACACCGUUUUACACUGAAGGUUAGCGCAAAGCCUAUUUUAGGGUAAAUUAUGACAGCCAAAACUUUGGAGAAAACUCCGGUAACUCUUAGUGGUUUUGUGCACCCUCUGUCCGAGAGCAUCUAUUCCGUGGACGAGAUCGCUACAUCAUUGCCAACUUCGGUGACCAUUUUCCCAAAUGCCGAUUUAGGGGGGCAUUACGACCAUAUUAGUGGAGCUUCGGGAGAUGGCUUGAUCAAUGGGGACAUGAGCACAGAAAAGCGCUCUCUCGACUUGUCUUACGCCAGCAGUUUCGCACAGAACCCGACUCCACGAAACCAGACUUUCACCUACAUGGGAAAGUUCUCCAUCGAUUCUCAGUAUCCAGGUAACUGGAACCCAGAGGGCGUCAUUAACAUUGUUAGCGCCGGGAUCCUGGGCAUGACCCAGCCAUCUUCAGCGUCCUCCUCACCGGCAUCCUCAGUUUCUCCAAACCAUUUCUCUAGCACCCUGAGCUGCACCAUGGCGCAAAACCAGUCAGACAUGGAUCACAUCUACUCUCCACCACCACCUUAUUCUGGCUGCGGGGAGGUGUACCAAGACCCAUCUGCCUUUCUAUCAACCUCCACCUGUCCCAUUUCGUACCCUCCACCGUCCUACUCAUCGCCGAAGCCCACCACUGACGGCAGUCUUUUCCCUCUGAUCCAAGACUAUGCUGGUUUUUUCCAGCCACCCUGCCAGCGAGACAUGCAGUCUAUCCCUGACCGAAAACCAUUUUCCUGUCCGUUGGAGUCGUUCAGAGUUCCACCACCACUGACUCCGCUCAACACAAUUAGGAAUUAUACACUGGGAGGACCAGCUGAAGUACCCAGGCUGCCCACAGCUUACAGCCCACAAAACUUACCCCUGAGACCAAUAGUGCGGCCAAGGAAAUACCCAAACAGGCCAAGUAAGACCCCGGUACAUGAGCGACCGUAUCCGUGUCCGGCGGAAAGCUGUGACAGAAGGUUCUCUCGGUCCGACGAGCUGACCCGACAUAUUCGAAUUCACACUGGACAUAAGCCCUUCCAGUGUCGAAUCUGCAUGAGAAACUUCAGCCGCAGCGACCACCUCACAACCCACAUUCGUACGCACACCGGCGAGAAGCCAUUCGCCUGUGAUUUCUGUGGCAGGAAAUUUGCCAGGAGUGAUGAACGAAAGAGGCACACCAAAAUUCACCUCAGACAGAAAGAAAGAAAAUCUUCAGCCGCUCCUACGGCAAACACGAACUCAGAGCGGUCCGUCAGCAUCAGCACCACGACCGGAGGGGUCUGCUCCUCUGGCACUGGCCAGUUGGCUGCAUGCCCCUCCAGGGCAGUAUAAGAAACACUAUGUAGGCUACAUUACAACUAUGGUACUAUAGACUGGGAUAAAGGGUAAAGUGUUAAUAGAUAUUUUGGAUGCUCAAUCAAGUGUAACAGCGACACUGAUUGCCGCGCGAAAUGCCAGGCCAGUAUCUUAUAUCACGUGCACAACCAGCGACCGCUUUCCUUGCGCUCAGUUUGACAAUUUUGCUACAGCCAAAUGUUAAAUGACUGAAACGCACUUUGUUAGGCGACUUAUAUAUAGGCCUGCUGCAAGCUGUUAUCAAUUCACUAGACACAGAACAGAAAGUGUCUGUCUUUUGGAGAUAAAAGAGAAUACAUUUUGUUUUGUUCUGUCACAAAUGGGUCUAUGACAGUUUGCACUAUGCUGUAAUAACUUUCCAUCAUCAGCAUUGAUUGCAAAACAGAGGGUCAAACCGAACAAUGUUAACGAUGACAUACUUGCAAUAACUGAAAAAAGUAAUGUUAUGUGUAUGUGUUGGUGUUAACAUGCUUGAUCGUUUUCUUGUUGUGCCUUGACAUGCCAGUUUUCGCCAUCUGUUUGUACAUAUUUUCAAAACCUUUUUGAUUAAACUGUAUAAUAUUCGUGAUUUAAUAUCAAUUUUUAGAAUGAUAUAUUUUUGUACGCAUUGUUUGGUGUUAUUUUCAUGUGUAGCAUAGAGGCCCAAAAAGGAAUGUAAAUAAUUUAUCACUUAUGACGACUCGACGUUUGUGUGCUGUCAAUGUUUAUACCACUGAAAUAAAUGUAUUUGGAACAAAUCCACUAACGGAGGUCAAGAAUGACCGCAUAAUUAAGAAAUUGUUUGCUUGUCAGUUCAAAAAGAAAUAAAUGAUUCUGAACAACCA